CAAUGGCAGGCUCGUGCAAGUCUCUUCGAGGGACGGUACGGCUUUCGUACAGAACACAAGGUUUCUAAAAAUGGGCUCUCUCGCCGUCGGCAGUCUGGCCUUCAGUUGCACAGAGCAAAAAUGCCCGCCCUUCCGGAGACCGUGUACCAGCUCUUCUUCAAGCGGACAACCGCUUACGUCCCCAUGCUGCUGGUUGGGGCUUACUUCUCCAACGAGGCUAUUGACUACGCCAUUGACAAGUUCUGGUCCACCCGGAAUAAGGGGAAACUCUUUGCUGAUGUGAUUGCUGAGCGCGCUUAAGCUUGGCUUAUGCGGUGGAGAGGUGCGGCGGAGCUUGCAGCGGCGUCUCGGAACGGGAAAUGCCGGACGCGAGGACAGCAGCCAUGCCGGGUUACAUUUGCGUUUGUGCAUUCCUCGCCGGAUUUCAUGGGGUCGCGGUGCGCUUGUGAGGGUUCGUGAUAAGUGGUUGACGCUGUUGUUACCACUUCAAUCGGGGCCAGCGUGUCCUCUGUAACUAUUAAAGGGACAGACCGUCUUUUCCGA